AACAAAAAUUAUCUUAAAUAAAUAUUAAAAAUAUGUUUAUAUUAAAAUCUAUAUUUAAAACUUCCUUAAUAAAAAACUUAAACAACAAAAUUCCAUCUAAGUCCUUUUCUGACCUAAACGACAUAGUGGAACUUUCCGAAGACCAUAAAAUGAUAUACGAAACCGCUUUAAAUUUCGCCAAAGAGAAUAUGGCCCCACAUGCCUUAGAAUGGGACAAAAAAAGUUAUUUUCCAAUCGAAGUUAUAAGGCAAGCUGCAUAAUUAGGUUUCGGUUCUAUAUAUACAAGUUAGGAAUACGGAGGAUGCGGAAUGGAUCGUUUAAGUGCAAGUUUAAUAUUUGAAGCUUUGGCCACUGCUUGUGUAUCUACUAGUGCUUAUUUAUCAAUACAUAAUAUGAAUUGUUGGAUAAUCGACUCCUUUGGAAAUGAAGAACAGAAGAAAGAAUGGCUUCCUUAGUUAAUAAAUAUGGAAAAAUUAACAUCUUAUUGCCUUACAGAACCUGGAAGUGGUUCUGAUGCGGGAGCAAUGAAAACCUUUGCAAAAAAAGUUGGAGGAGACUACAUUAUUAAUGGUUCUAAGUGCUUUAUUACAGGGGGAGGAGUGUCUGAUUAUUAUAUUUUAGUAUGCUUAACAGGAGAAAAACAAAGGUCGGUGAUUUUUGUACCGAAAGAUGCUCAAGGAAUGUCUUUUGGAAAUCCGGAAAUUAAAAUGGGAUGGAAAUCUUCGCCAACAGCAGUUGUUAAUUUAGAAGAUGUAAAAGUCCCCGUUAGAAAUUUAAUUUCGGAAGAAGGAAAUGGAUUCAAAAUAGCAAUGAUGGGUUUAGAUGGAGGUAGAAUUAACAUUGCUAGUACUUCUAUAGGUGGGGCGUCUUUUUGUUUAGAUAAAACAAAAGAUUAUUUAUUCAAUAGAAGAUAAUUCGGAAAAAAUUUAGGCGAUUUUUAACAUUUAUAGUUUCAAUAUGCAUAAAUGAUUACUGAUUUUACACUAUCUAGACUUAUGGUUAGAUAAGCAGCUGUAAAAAUUGAUUAAAAAGAUCCUAAUAGAGCUUUGUAUGCAGCUAUGGCAAAACUUACGGCUACUGAAAAAUGUUAUAAUACUGUUGAUAUUUGCUUAUAAAUGCAUGGGGGUUAUGGAUAUAUUUGGGAAACAGGAAUUGAAAGAUUUCUAAGAGAUUUAAGAGUAAAUAGGAUUCUAGAAGGAACAACGGAAAUUAUGAAACAUAUAAUUGCAAGAACGACACUAAAAUAAUGAUUUUUAGAAUU